AUGGCAUCUGCAAUGGUGAAUCGAGGUGGUUGUCGGAUCAUGAAAUCAGUGUCUGCAGCUCUUGGUACGAGGUUUUACGCCAAGAUUGCAACUGGGACUGACAUAGUCUCUGCCGCACCCAGUGUUUCUCUCCAGAAAGCUCGUACUUGGGACGAGGGUCUUGCUUCCAAAUUCUCCACCACUCCUCUCAGAGACAUCUUCAAGGACAAGAAAGUUGUCAUCUUUGGGCUCCCAGGUGCAUACACAGGGGUUUGUUCAAAUAAACAUGUUCCUCCUUACAAAGAGAAUAUUGACAAGUUUAAGGCAAAGGGGAUAGAUUCUGUUAUUUGUGUGGCUAUUAAUGAUCCGUAUACUAUGAAUGCGUGGGCUGAGAAGCUUCAAGCCAAAGAUGCUAUUGAGUUUUAUGGGGACUUUGACGGGAGCUUUCACAAGAGUUUGGACUUAGUUACUGAUCUCUCGGGUGCAUUGCUGGGAACUCGAUCUGAAAGAUGGUCAGCAUAUGUUGUAGAUGGAAAGGUUAAGGCUCUUAAUGUCGAAGAAGCUCCAUCUGAUGUAAAGGUUUCUGGUGCAGACACCAUUUUGGGACAGAUUUGA